UCUACCGGGAGAAUGAAGGAAGGCGUCUGCGUAUCACUUCUAGCAGCGCAUGUUAUGAUGGCCUGUUAUAAAAGUGCAGGCAUUUGCUGAAACGCACACUGAUAUGGGUGGUGAUGCUUACAGACAGGAUUUUAAUGCAAAACAAAAAAGUGAUAUGCACCAACAGAAGCAGCUGAAGAUGAACCUUACAGGAUCUGCUUUGGUCUCGACCUGUAAAUAUAUCUGAAAGUUGUGGGUUUUUUUUUUUUUUUUUUAAACUUUGAAUCUCUUUAAUUCCGUGCCAACUUCCAGGCUUCCUCCAACCACCAUAUAGCACACCCUCUGUGCUCAAAUAUGAUUUUUUUCUCAAAUUUUAUCUUAAUUCCUGUGUUUUAUUUGGAUUAUUUUGAAGAAAUGUUGUUGUUGGCACAGUUUUACGCACGAGCCGGUGUGCCAAGUGCCUGCCACCACAGGCCAAAUGAGCUGACAUGCUGCGGGAGUUAAAUAUGAAUUCCUAGAGACCAAACACUGAGCCAGUCCAGCUGUGUCUGCUGCUGGAGUCAGGGUGCUUCAUCCUCAUUUCUGUGACUGGGACUAUCUGCUUCUCAGUCACGUCUCAUUCGACCAAUCGUGGCUCAGCAGAGGAGCGACACACCUGUAUAAAAGCAGACUCCAGGUCAGCUGUCAUUCACAGAGGUGUGAUGAAGAUGAAAAUCGGCUGAAUGGUGAUAAAGAGCCGGACACUCUUUUCGCAUGGGGCGUUUGUGCUGUGUUGUGUUUUCUAGCUUGUGCGCAAAGUAGAGAGUUUGGUGUGAGCGAAGGUCCAUAACUUUAAAGAUGGAUGAAAUAUUAAACUACAGCGCGGCACUGAACCGAAGUUCGCCCGGCGAUGAGAAAUUUAGUUUCGAAGACAUCGAUUUGAGCGCGGACGGCACCCCCAUCCUGAGGAUACUCAUCUCCGUGGUUUACUCGGUAGUUUGCGCUGUGGGUCUGGUGGGGAAUCUGCUCGUCUUUUUCCUCAUGAGGUUACGACAAGGUCGAAAGAGAUCCACGAUCAACGUUUUCAUCAUCAACUUGGCAGUGACGGACUUCCAGUUCGUGCUGACUCUGCCCUUCUGGGCCGUGGACACCGCGCUGGACUUCAGCUGGCCGUUUGGAGACGCUAUGUGCAAAAUCAUCCUCUCCAUCACCGUGAUGAACAUGUACGCCAGCGUCUUCUUCCUCACCGCCAUGAGCGUGACCCGCUACUGGUCGGUCGCCUCUGCUCUGAAGAAAAAAACUUACAGGAGGUCACGGUGUGUCAAGUGGGUGUGCGCGGUGCUGUGGGUGGCUGCGACGGUGGCCACGGCUCCGACAGCGAUCUUCUCCGCCGUGACUGUUGUGGCUGGAGAAAAACUCUGCCUCCUCAGGUUCCCCGAAGGGCACGACUGGCUCGCCCUCUAUCACAUUCAGAAAAUACUCAUCGCCUUCAUCAUCCCUAUGCUCAUAGUCUGUGUCAACUACCUGAUGCUCCUGCGCUUCGUCAGGCAGAAGAGCAUGGACAGCAGCAACCCCAAACGGAGAUCUAGAGUCACCAAAUCUGUCGCUAUAGUGGUUUUGUCUUUCUUCUUCUGCUGGAUGCCAAAUCACGCCAUCACCUUCUGGGGCGUCUUGGUCAAAUUCAACGCGGUCGACUGGGAUAAAACGUAUUACAUGGUGCACACCUAUGUGUUCCCGGUCACUGUGUGCCUGGCGCACGCAAACAGCUGUUUGAACCCGGUGCUGUACUGCCUGAUGAGGCCAGAGAUCAGGAAGACGCUGAGCGGUUUGAUCUGGAGGGUCUCCACUCCGUCCACCAGCAAGGGCUGUGCGACGCGCUCUUUUACGCAGGGAGAGACCCAGGGAGUCGUGCCUCUCCAGAUCAUGGACAACGGAGAGUACACGCUUUCCAUCAUAGACCGUAAAGGCUUAUCAAGCUCCAGAAUGAUCCCGUACGCCCGAUGACUUCACUCAGAUCAGAAAAUAGAUGCUUCUUUUCUUUUCGCUCUGGCUGUCCAACUGUAAAAUGAUUUCAUGCCGGUGUCCCAGUCUGAACGUUUUAAAGGACACUUCAUACCGACACUUCACAUCAUGCGUUUGUCAGACUAAGUAAGGCCAGUGUAACGCAAAUUGACUUGUUGAUUCUCUUCUUUUUUCCCCCCACUUCAAAACGCAGCAGCUGCAUGGAGCUUUUCUUUUUGCACUUUGUAAGAUUAUGUUUAUGAUAGGUUUGCCAGGACUCCCAGCAAAAUGUGGGAUCUUAAAAAAGGACCUAUGAUGGAUAUGGAGAUUCAAACAGAAUCACAAGGUUGCAAUAUUUUCUAUUUAUGUACAUCAUGUGAAGCCUGUUCUGCAGUUGUUCACGUUGUAUAAUGACAAAUGCCGGUUUUGGGGGUGGGGUUGCCUAAUUUCAAUUUCCUACUUGUGCUAAGUGCAAUUGUAUGUUGACGUUAGUGAGCUCUUUCUUUAUUAGCCGAUGCUGCCUAAACGCUGUUAACGCUUUGCUUGUGUUAUUGUCCAUUAAAUGAAGACGUGCAAUUCAA